AUGGCGCUGACGAAUGCCUUCGGCGACCUCACGCCCUACUUCGUCUACCUCCUCCUCUCUGCCACGCUGGGCCCACUCCUCUUCGGCUACCACCUCGCAGAGCUCAACGCGCCGCAAGAUGUCAUCACAUGCGUCAAGAAGGAUCACAAGGCUUCAGCAUUCCCACGGCUGAAAUCUGCCCUGGGCUACGGAAGAGCGGCUGCCUCGGACACGGCUCUCCCACAAUGCAUACCCAUGAACGCGAUCGAGUUCGGCCUCGUCUCGUCCUCCUUCACUCUCGGAGGAUUACUCGGAGCUCUGGCCGCAGGACCUACCACCGCGAAAUAUGGACGACUACGAUCCAUGAUCAUCUCCGCUGCCUUCGCCGUGGUCGGUCCAGCCUUUGAAGCAGCCGCGCCGAACAUUGGUGUCAUGGCCGUGGGCAGACUCCUUUCUGGAGUGGGAGCCGGUGCCGCGACGGUCGUUGUGCCCAUAUACAUCAGCGAGAUCUCGCCUCCCGAGCAGCGUGGCUUGUUCGGCGCCUUUACCCAGAUCUUGACCAACUGCGGAAUCCUCAUCACGCAGGCUCUUGGCCUAUUCUUAAGCCGAGGCCAGUUAUGGAGAAUCAUUCUGGGAGUAGGAGGCGUCAUCGCUGUCAUACAGGCAAUAGCAUUGAUCUCGGGCGGCUCGGAGAGUCCCAGAUGGCUCGCAGACAACGGGAAAGCAUCACGGGGAAAGCAGGUUCUCCGGAAGAUUCGAGGCAGCGGAGCCAACAUUGAAGAGGAAGUGUCCACGUGGGGAGUCGAUGCAGCGAACGACAUUGAAGAUGAAGAACAGAACCUGUUGGCGCACGACGACGAGCAAGCCUCUCUAUCCCAAGGCAAGCACAACACUAGUUCCAGCAUCGGCACCUUUGCGGUACUGAAGCACCGCGACUACGCCCCGGCCGUCCUCGCCGUAGCCGUCAUCAUGGUCGGCCAGCAAUUCACCGGCAUCAACAGCAUCGUCAUGUACGGCGUCUCCCUCCUCUCCGACCUCCUCGCCGCCAACUCCGCCGUCCUCAACGUCGCCGUCGCCGCCGUCAACGUCAUCAUCACCACCUCCUGCGCCCCCCUCUCCGACCGCUGGGGCCGCAAGACCUGCCUCCUCCUCUCCAUCGGCGGAAUGGGCAUCAGCUCCAUCCUCCUCGCCGUCGGCAUCAUGCGCACCAUCCCCAUCCUCUCCGCCAUCGCCGUCGUCUUCUUCGUCGCUUCUUUCGGUUUCGGCCUCGGUCCCAUCCCCUUCAUCCUCGCGGCCGAGCUGGUCAACACGGAAGCCGUGGGCGCCACUCAGUCCUGGGCUCUGGCGGCAAACUGGCUCGCCACCUUCAUCGUCGCGCAAUUCUUCCCCUUGAUCAACGAGAAAAUGGGCAAAGGACAGGUAUACUUCAUCUUCGCCGCCUUUGCACUCGUGUUCGGCGCCUUUGUGGCCUGGUACGUGCCCGAGACCUGUGGGAGGAGCCCGGACGAGGCAUGGGGGAGGCGCAAAGCUCCCGACUUGGAGGACUGA